UAUGCAGGCGGCACGAUAGAAAAAAUAAGGAAAUCAAACAAUUAUUUAUACACUCCAUGAGAAACACAAAAAUCGUGACUCCUGUUAUAAUAAUAUUAUUAUUUUGAAUAAAGUGUGGAGCAGUCACUUUACAUGAAUUGUCAUUAGGAUCUGAACGUCCACACUGUUGAACACAGCAUUUUAGCUGCGCAUAGUUGGAAACCACCGAAUUUUACAUUGUGUUACACAGUGUCGCCUUUGCACUUUAUUGGAAAGGACUUUCAUGUACUGGCAGCUCAUUUUGAUUUCACAUCUUUUUCUACUUUCUUGUACUUUUUUAUGGGGAUCUUUUAUUUUUCUAUGAUAACUCCUUGAGUCCUCCACUUUUUCAUGUACUUGGCGUAAUUUUUUUACUUUAUUAUUAUUUUGAAUACUUGCAUUUUAAAACUUAUGGUUCAAGUAGCAUGUGCUGCACUCUUGCGGAGCGAUCUACAAUUUGUUUUAAGGUAAAACAGUUCGUGCACCGCUAACCAUCGCUGACAAUUCGUCUUGAUCUCGAUCGAGCGAAUGAAUUUUUUUCUCUUUAAUACUUGUCAUUUCUUCUGAAAUUUUCCACAACAUUCUAUCGAAGCCGCCUCCUGUUCCCCGAGAAGUGAAACGAAUCGCGUAGAACAGAGGAGAGAAGAGUGGAUAAAGAUAUCAUUCGAUGUUGGCGGAAUGAAAAACGAUAAUCUCGGGCAAUCAUAUGACUCCUCCGCACGUGACUUUAUUUACAGUUGACUGAUACUCGCGAACAUGUAUGGUGCAGUUCCUUGUGACAUGAUAGACCGAAAACGAAACAAAGUUAGCGAGCAAUGCGGUAACUAUAAGUGGUCGUUAGUUUAUGAUGCCUUUGCUCGAUAAACUAUUUCCUUCGAGGAGGAGUUUCAAGAGUAACGUACAAACCUUCGUAGCGUCAAAUGUCGGAGCACAAGAAGAUGAUAGGAACUCCGCCUUGUGUCUCGGAACAGGUCAAGUUCGAAUCUUGUUGUUCCGUGAAUGUGAAUGGCGUGGAAGAAAGCUUCUAUUUGAUUCUCUCACGCUGGAAAAACGGUGGCACAAAAAUAACACAGCCGCGUUGGAUCUGAAAAAUAAUACUGGGCCGACAAAUGGCGAUUCUAUAAACUUCGCAAGCAGUCGUAGUUUCGAGCGGGAAAGAACGGCCGAAGAUGACGUGAGUUUACUGAGCGAAAUGGUGUUCGGUACCGUGGCAAUGACGUACAGAGGAUCCUCAUUCAAGAUACAUUCGAUGAAUUCACCGCCCUGUAUCAUGUGCACUAAAGUUUUCCCUGCUACAGAGCAUAACGCAUGUAAACAGAGCGAGAGAGUGUCGGAUGAAGGAUUAGGUCGUUCCGUGAACCUCGAUUCCAAUUCCAGCAUGCGAACUCUUUUAUCUCAGCCAAGUUCUGGGAAUUUGUCAGGAUCUGAAUUAAACGUUGGUCCAAGGAAAAACUCGACUUGCUCUAGUAACGGCAGUGGAUGGGACAUAGAUAUACCACUACCGAUGGGCAGUUCUCAAUCAUUAGAGAGUAAUGGAUCGUCAGGUAUAGGGAGCCUUUCCAGCUUACGCCGACGGUGGCUACGAGUACUUUCUACUUCUCUUGCAAGGUCGGAUUCCGAUGAUGCUUUUGGACUGCAAUACUGGAGCGAAAAUGGGAACGAUAAUAGUCACGUGAAGCGUCAUAAAACAAGACUCGGGUUAACGAUGUUAGUACGACUGGCGAAAGGCCACGAAAGAAGAAUAGAGGCUUGUCUUUUAGAGCAUAUGGCUCUUUUGGAAGGAAUGUUAGACCGUUUACGGUAUUUUUGCAUCGAUGCUGGUAACGUUAAUGCUCAGAACAAAGGAAUGCAGCUUUCCGAACGGCUCUACAAAUCUUCCUCCCUAUUCGUUGUAUCCUUAUUACGUUUACUUACAAAUGUUAAUACGAGAUUGAAUAUGCGGGCACCUUUACUGUGGCAUGACGUACUACUUAAUUCAGUAAGGAUAGAACACAAAAUGAGUACAUUGCAUUACAGCUUGCAACAAAUGAGUCAAUUACUCGAAAACAUCGACACGAAAUCAACCAACUUUUUUCUGAGUACCGUUGUAACUGCUGUUUUAACAUAUCACCUUGGCUGGAUAUAUACUACACUGCCUGUUCAUGAUCGACAAUUGAUGGAAAAAUUAGGUUCCUGGUAUCCCUGUAAUCCUCUAUGGGCUCAAUUAGGGGACUUGUAUGGCGCAUUAGGUAACCCUAUCAGAGUAGCGCAAACUGUCGUUGCAGGAGAUCCUCAGAAAGUCGACCUAAUUAACUCUGUUUUAUCUUUCUUAUCGUACUUCAUUCGUAGUGGAAUUGUACGGAAACGUUAUGAAUAUUGUUGCGUUACCGAAGAAGACAUUCGCGAAGCUGCAAGUCUCUUGGAACAAGCGCGAAUAAAACGUCCACAUUUAUUCAAUACGAAAGUAACUUGUAACGAUCGAGACAGCCAAACGUCUCGACGAGCUUCGCGAACGCCUAUUCGUAAACAAAUUCCUGCACAAGAGCGUCUAUACGAUGCAGAAAGUGGUACUGCUUUUCUGCAGCGCUCUUACCCUGAGUACCCCGUCGAUGGAUUCAGAGCAGAAGGAUCCGCCAGCCCUCUCAAGCGUAAUACCACGAUGAAUUCAAAUCUUGAUACGUUCAUGCUAAAACCAUUAGCAUCCAAUAGGGAUGUGAAAGUAAUUUCAAAAGAAUUUCCAUGCAUGGAUGACGAGAAUGAAAAAACAACCAAUGACGAGAAGAUCUGUGCAUCCAGUAAAGUAAAAAUAAUAGUCAGUGACAUUGCAUCGCCAAAUACUGAUGCGACCAAGACUGAUACGCAACAUUAUUCUGAAUUUUCAUUGCGGAAUUUUGAGAAAAAAUUAGAGGAUGAUGAAACAGAAGAGACGUUCAUGAAUUGUAAGACGACUACAUUCGAGGGAUACAACGGCACAUCGACCGAUGUGCUGAAAUUAUAUUCCAGUAGACCAGAUUUUGAAACUGGUCAGAGUAUGGCUAGCGAAACCAAAAAUUCUCAUGUUUUCUUCAUGCUCGGCGAUGAAGAAAAAUCUACAAAGCCGCUACCACGACCACGGCUGGAACAUAAUUGUCAAUGUUCUUAUAUGUUUACAAGGGUACCGAGUACAUCUGCACAAUUGCCAGAGGGUGUGUUGAGAAAGAUUAUUCAAAGAAAUUUUCCAGAAUCCUCUAAGAGUAUACAGUCACCACCAGGUACACCUUCAAGCAUGGCAACAAAAUCCUUAGGAUUUUGCCAAAGGUGCAAUGGUCAAGGUUACAUACCUCCUCAAAAUUACGACAGUAACAAACAAGUACUAGAAACACCAACUAAUGCAACCGAAGUAUUGCGUACUUGUGGUAGUACUGUUGGUGAUGGAAACGUUGGAUUAUCGAGAUCGAAUAGCUUAGAAGCUUUGAUGGAAGCCAGUAGCGUUGUAGAAUUGCCUAUGCCACGAUCGAAAAAGAUGGAGAAGACUAAUUCGCAACAGAAUACAGGAUUUACAAAAACACUUUUGCAAAACGUGAUAAAAAGUGAAGAUCCACAUGGAACAAAUAACACUGAAACUGGUUAUACAUGGGGGUUAGUUUUACAAGGCUUGCCAAAAAAGAAGAGAAAACGAAAAAAGAAAAUCAGACAAGAGGAUAUUAAAGAUAACUGCGAAGUCGAAAUUGAGAGAGAUUGGUGGUAUAGCAUACGCGAAGAAUGUCUAGCCAGUGUGCGUUAUCCGACUGUUGAUCAACCAAUUGCCGAAUCGCUUUGUAUUUUAGCAGAUUUAGAUACGUGGCACGUUGGAAUCAUAUCCAACAAUACACCUUCGCAUGCUGCACUUUUACCAGUGGGAAUGUCUCGACUCGUUGCCAACAUGUUGGAAAGCUUUGUUUAUUUAUGGCGAAAAUACCAUUCAGCGUCACAUUGUGUAGGUAUCCUUGAAGCAAAACUAAGAGAAAUGUGGCUGAAGAGUGAAGCAUUGGCCGAAAUGCUGAUGGCGACGGAGUUGUGUGACGCCAGCGUUGCAAAUCUCAUAAACGCACUUGACCUCGAUGCAGCAGAUAUACCGCUUUUACUUGCCGUUGCAAGUUCACACUCGCCAGAGGUAGCGCAAAGAUUUGGUCUGACGCUUACUUAAGUACAUUGUAUUAUUUAUACCAUGUUCUUUACCCUUUGACACAAAAUCCGUUUUGUCUGAUAGAACGAAAGUUGCGUAAGCUGUAUCAUUACUCGUGCAUAGGUAUGAUUGUAGAUUGUUUUAAUAGCUCAAAUAUUCUAAUAGAUAAAUCUUUAUAAAUGUUUCACACAAUUUCGCAACAUUGGUUCUGACUUCUCUAACGCAAACUUAAAAGAAGAAUAUGUUAUGUAUUUUAUACACAUAAAAUGAGAAAAAUGACACAUUUGAUGUAUAAAUCAUGCGAAGUUGCGUUACAUUUAGGGAACUGUUACGAAUGCUAUUAUUUAAAAAUAAAAUACUAAAUAUGUACAGAAUUGAAUGGAAAUAUAAAAAUGUUUCAUGUUUGUAAAGAGAUUAGUAAAAAGAAAUACUUUACACCAUAAAAUACAGUAUUAAAUAUAAUAUUAAAUAUAGUAUUUAAAUAUGUUUUUGAAGUAACGAGUCUUUUUUAAAUCAUAUUUAUGUACAUAUAUCUUAUUUUAUAUAAAAACAGGUGAUCGAAUCAAAAGAUGUAAUAAUUUGUAUUUUUUACUAUACGGUAACAAGCAAUAUAACACGUAUGGCAGAGCUGUCGAGAGCAGUGAUAGUCAAUUGCGCGAAACGUGUAGACGUAAAAGUGCUAAAAGAUUUUUUCCCUCGAUUUAACAAGUCCAAUCAAUUUGUACGGUUUAUAAAAUUGAAUAUAUUAAAGAAUACACAAGUGUUAAAUUUGCAUUUAUAUGGUAGAAUUUAUGUAUAUAUUUUAUGAUAUUAUGUAAUUUUAGAGUAUUUAUAUAGACUUAACGACAUAUUUUCCUUUGAUGACCUGAAAUUUUUAAAAUCCUUCCAAAAAUUAAUGAUGGUUUAACUUGUUAAAGUGAAGACAAAACGGUUUUUAAUGUAUAAAAAUCCGCUACUUAGUCCAUUGUAGAUUGUAAUUACAAAGUCAUAUGUUAAAAAUUGUAAAUCUAAUUUAACAUAUAGUAUCUAUAAUUUUUUUUUUUUACACGACAUGUAAGAAUUUUGCUCUAUGCACUUCAUAGGAGAGGAUAAUAAAAUUUAAAUUAAUUUUUCUA